AUGCAAAAACAUAUAAUAGCCCGCUUAAGGUUGUUAUCGGCUGAACAGAAGAGGGAGGCACUUCCGGAAAAGAAUGUGCAGAUAGAGAAAUGGCUCAGCAAAGUGAACCAGCAUUCAGAGCAGUGGGGACCUUCCACGCCCUCGAAGCUUUCUGAUGCACGUGCCCGCAAACUAGCGGUGUUGGAACGCCAGGACAGCGGGCUAGAAUCGGCUAGUGUCAGCGGCAUUAGUUCCGCUACCCAAACAUUUCUUCACUUAGAUCGGAGAUCUUGCCAGGACACGCCGGUACCAUCUAGAUCUAAAUCUUUCUCGAGACUGGACCUGCCAGUUGCGGUACGGGUGUACCGGAAGUCUUGCCGUCGUCUCAGAAUCCUGCCACUGCGCCGGGUACUGGGACAGUUUGGCCGUUCACGUAUCAUUCUAAGCGAUUUAUGUAUGUCUCUGGACGAUGUUAGGGCAACUUGUAGAGGUCUCAUGCACGAAACGUCCGCUUCGUACCUAGAUAUUUCUGGAAAUUCCCUUGGUGCCUGUGGUUGUGGGUAUGUUCUACAAAUGCUAGCGAGAAAUCAGGAUUUUAAGGAACUGCAUGUACAUGUAUGUUUUAAGCUGAGAUUUCAAAUUCUCUACGGAACAUUUUUUGACACUGUUUUGCAGCGUCUUGCCGAGAACUGUCUAACAGGAGCAGGAAUUUGGUCGGUGUUAAAGUACUUCCAGACAUACAGAGUGAUCACCGUACUGGAUAUUUCCGGUAACAGACUCACCGACCGGGACGGCAUCGUUGUAGCUCAGAUCAUUAAGAUUAGUCCGCAACUUCGAGUAUUACAUGUACACCACAACGAGUUCAGAGAUUUAGGUGGGAAAGCUAUUGGCAGUGUAAUAGGGGCAACGAAUGGACUUCAGGAACUGGACCUAAGCUGGAAUCACUUGAGACAACGAGGAGCUAUUGGUCUCGCUAAGGGACUUGAGAAUAACGCCUCUUUGGGUUAUGUUAACCUUGGUUGGAAUGGGUUCGGAUUCGAAGGAUGUGUGGCUUUGUCAGACGCUUUACGACAGAACACGUGCAUCGAAAAACUCGAUAUCUCGUGCAAUAGAAUACAUCCACCGGCACUACUUGAACUCAUGAAAGGGCUUCUGCACAACAAAGUUCUCAAGAUACUUAUACUUGACAGAAACCCAAUCACUCCAUCUUUCGCUACUGUACUACUAGAGGGUAUACAGAGGGCCCCGGACAUGGCUCUAGAAGAACUCAGUCUUCGGGGUAUUGUAGUUGAUAGAGAUUUCCAGGGAAUCUGUGAUAACAUCCGGCAGGAGAGAAAUUUCCGGGUGGAAUAUGAAACGUCACUUCCGGUCACAUGUAGAAAUCGAGAUGACAUGAUGAAAGAGAUUGAAACGCGGAAUGACUAUAAUAUCGAACCACUACGAAUGUUGUACCUAUUGAAAGAAAGGAACAGAGCACAGGAUUUCUUCCACAAAAUCAACAAAGACCAUGAUUCAGGACUUACACCCGAUGAACUCAGUAUGUUGUUCAAGGAGUCCGGUAUCCCUGUUUCCAGAUACAUUAUUGACAAAAUCAUGAGUUUUAUGGACACAGACAAGGACGGGAAAAUUGAUCUGGGGGAGUUUCUUAUUGGUGACAAGAAAAUUAAGAAGAUAUCACGUGACUAUGCACGGACCUCGGUUGGAGACGGGGCCCAUUACUCCCGGUAUUCUCGGACAUUUAGAAAGGCACACAUUCAGCAACCGACAUCGAGACUGAAGGUUGAGGAAACCCAAAACUAUCUGUCACCUAUAGCAUCUUUAACGCCUUCUCCGGCAAGCAGCAGACGAUCUUCCAUUAACAAUCCGUGACUUUGAAGUACACUUCCGGUCAGAAUAAGACCGUCACGUUAACUGUAAGAAACAGACGACGUACGGCACUUUGUGGCAAAGUUUAAGCAUACAAAAAGAAAAACAUGACCGUUCUCCUUCUACGACUUUAUACAUUAUGCGCAUCUUUCCCUAUAUGUAUACAAUCCCUCCUACCAGACAACAUUGCAAGUUCUGGAAUCGUCAGCUUUGUAGAUAUAACAUGCGACUUACAGAUUAGCUAAAACAAAAUGACAGUCAUCAAACAAACUGUGAACCUCAUGCGAAAGAUGCGGAUUGUGCCAACAACCCAUGACUACAUGCCUUUUUUUCUGAAUGCAUCAUACGUCUCCGCGAAAACCUGAAGAAUCAGACGUUGGUCAUUUACUUUCAACAUCCUUUUGUAUAUCGUGAAAAUCCCGCAUCGACCAGUGCAAUACUUAAAUUAUACGUGAAUCUUAAAACAUCAGUGAUAAAAAAUCAUCAAUUUGCAUAAUGUGGUAAAGUUAAAUAGACAUGCCAGUUUGAAAAAAAGAAUGUUUGCUUUAAAAUGUAUCUUCACAUCUAAGUUAAUCGCGCUUAUUAGUACACACAGUCCUCUUUGCCUCGUGUAAAAAUCUCGCGGACGAGUUUUAUUAGCUCACAUGUCACAAAGUGACAAUGUGAGCUUUUGUGAUCGCGCAGCGUCCGUCGUCCGUCCGUGCGUGCGUCCGUCCGUCCGUCCGUGCGUAAACUUUUGCUUGUGAUCACUCUAGAGGUCAUAUUUUUCAAGGGAUCUUUAUGAAAGUUAGUCAAAAUGUUCAUCUUAAUGAUAUCUAAGUCAAGUUUGAAACUGGGUCACCUGCGGUCAAAAACUAGGUCAGUAGGUCUAAAAAUAGAAAAACAUUGUGACCUCUCUAGAUGCCAUACUUUUCAAUGCAUCUUCAUGAAAGUUAGUCAGAAUGUUUACCUUGAUGAUAUCUAAAUGAAAUUUGAAACUGGAUUACGUGCCGUCAAAAACUAGGUCAGUAGGUCAAAUAAUAAAAAACCUUGUGACCUCUCUAGAGGCCAUAUUUUUCAUGGAAUCUGUAUGAAAGUUGGUCUGAUUGUUUAUCUUGAUGAUAUCUAGGUCAAGUUUGAAACUGGGUUAUGUGCGUUCCAAAACUAGGUCAGUAGAUCUAAAAAUAGAAAAACAUUGUGACCUCUCUAGAGGCCAUACUUUUCAAUGGAUCUUCAUGAAAGUUAGUCAGAAUGUUCAUCUUAAUAAUAUCUAGAUCAAAUUUGAAACUGGGUCACGUGCAUUAAAAACUAGGUCAGUAGGUCAAAUAAUAAAAAAAACCUUGUGACCUCUCUAGAGGCCAUAUUUUUCAUGGGAUCUGUAUGAAAGUUGGUUUGAAUGUCCAUCUUGAUAAUAUCUAGGUCAAGUUUAACUGGGUCAACUGCGGUCAAAAACUAGGUCAGUAGAUCUAAAAUAGAAAAACCUUGUGACCUCUCUAGAGGCCAUACUUUUGAAUGGAUCUUCAUGAAAAUUGGUAAGAAUGUUCACCUUGAUGAUAUCUAGGUGAAGUUCGAAACUGGGUCACGUGCCUCAAAAACUAGGUCAGUAGGUCAAAUAAUAUAAAAAACCUUGUGACCUCUCUAGAGGCCAUAUUUUUCAUGGGAUCUGUAUGAAAGUUGGUCUGAAUGUUCAUCUUGAUGAUAUCUAGGUCAAAUUCGAAACUGGGUCAACUGCGAUCAAAAACUAGGUCAGUAGAUCUAAUAAUAAAACAUUUUGACCUCUCUAGAGGCCAUAUUUUUCAAUGGAUCUUCAUGAAAAUUGGUCUGAAUGUUCACCUUGAUCAUAUCUAGGUAAAGUUCGCUACUGGGUCACGUGCGGUCAAAAACUAGGUCAUUAAGUCAAAUAAUAAAAAAGCCUUGUGACCUCUCCAGAGGCCAUAUUUUUCAUGAGAUCUUCAUGAAAAUUGGUGAGAAUGUUCAACUUGAUGAUAUCUAGGUCAAGUUCAAAACUGGGUCACUUGAGCUCAAAAACUAGGUCACUGUGUCAAAUAAUAGAAAAAAGCGACGUCAUACUCAGUUCAGAACUGGGCAUGUGGGGACAGGUGAGUGAUUGAGGACCAUCAUGGUCCUCUUGUCAAAAUAUCUAAAACUGUACAAAUUUCAUACUUUUCGUUAUUGUAACUAUAUCUCUAAUGACUGAGAAUUAUUAUCGUUAAAACACUGAAACAA